AUGUCUGCAAAGGAGGACAGCUCUUUGGAAGAGCUGCAGGAUGUCACAGGCCAAUUUGAAAAAGAAUCUAUAGCACACUCAAUGGAAGAGCUGAUACUGACUGAAGAAACAACAGAUUUGUUUCACAAAACUUCUCAAAACCUGGGAGAGGAAGAAGCAUCCCACAAGGUUUUUGAAGCACCUCCUAGAGAGGAUACUUUAGAGUCCACAGCAUCCUCUGGAAAUAAAGAACUAAAGGAAAAACUUUCACUUUCUGAAACAAUUAUUGAAAGUGUCAACUCAACAUCAGAAACUUCAGCAUCAGAAAUUUCACAAAAGCCAUCAUUGUCAGAAAGUGGUGACAUUGAAGAAUAUCAGAGAGUGUGUGACCACCCACAUAGUGACACGCACGACGAAAACCUGAAAAGACCUGACUUGGAGUCAAAUAAUUUUACAGUGAAUCUUGAAGCUACUGGUUUACAGGAAUUACCUAAGGACAUUUUAAAAAUGAAGUAUGUGAAAUAUCUCUAUUUAGAUAAAAACCAUAUAAAAACUUUUCAAGCUGAUCCAGGUGAUCUUGUGGGGCUUGAAAGUCUGUCCUUGAAAGAAAAUAAGAUAGUAUCACUUCCAUCGGAGAUACACUUACUCUCAAAUUUAAGAAUACUAAACGUGAGUCACAACCAAAUAUCACAUAUCCCUAAGGAAAUAACACAACUUGUUAAUAUCAGACAACUCUUUCUUAAUGACAAUUACAUUGAGAGUUUUCCUUCUGGCUUAGAAAAUCUUGAAAACUUGGAAAUUUUAAGUUUGGCUAAUAACAAGAUAAGACACAUAACAGAAACUGUGCUUAAUUUGGAAAAAUUGAGGAUUCUCAAUCUGGAAUAUAAUCAAUUAACAGUAUUUCCUAAAGCCCUAUGCUUCCUUUCCCGUUUGGUCUCACUAAACCUUAGUGGAAACCUGAUAAGCAGUUUGCCGAAAGAAAUUAAGGAACUUAAAAAUUUAGAAUGCCUUUUACUUGACCACAAUAGACUUACUUUUUUGGCUGUGGAAAUUUUUCUGUUGCUCAAAAUGAAAGUACUCCAAUUGGCUGACAAUAAACUGGAAGCUAUUUCACACAAAAUUGAGAAUUUCAAGGAACUUAGAAUUUUUACAUUGGAUAAAAAUUUAUUGAAAGAUAUACCAGAUAAAAUUUCCCACUGUGUAAUGUUGGAAUGCCUUAGUCUUAAUGAUAACAAGUUAACAGAACUUCCUAAGAAUAUCCACAAGCUUAAAAAUUUAAGACAACUCCACGUAAACAGAAAUAAUAUGUUGAAAAUAACUGAAGACAUCUCACAUCUCAAUUAUAUAUGGAGUCUCGAAUUUUCAGGAAAUGUAAUCACAACUGUUCCCACUGAAAUAAAAAACUGCAGAAAAAUAACUAGAGUUAAUUUAAGCCAUAACCAAAUAAUAUUUUUUCCAGUAGGUCUAUGUGCUUUAACUUCUCUUAGUCAUCUAUGUUUUAAUGGCAAUUAUAUUUCUGAAUUACCUCUGGAUAUAUCUUUCAGUAAACAACUAUUUCAUUUAGAGCUUAGUGAGAACAGAUUCUCCAUAUUUCCUGAGUACCUUUGCUCCCUUAUUCACCUCAACUACCUGGAUCUUGGUAAAAAUAAAAUAAAGAAUAUCCCAUCAUCUAUUUCCAAUAUGGUAUCACUCCAUGUGCUUAUUUUAUGCCACAAUAAAUUUGAAAUUUUCCCUAAAGAAUUGUGUGCUUUAGAAAAUUUGCAGACACUUGAUCUUUCAGAAAAUGAAAUACAGAUAAUUCCUUCAGACAUCUACAAACUAAAAGGAAUCCAGAAAUUAAACUUCUCAAGCAAUCAAUUUGUAGAUUUUCCUGUCGAAUUGUGUACUGUGCAGUCAUUGCAAGAGCUGAAUUUAAGUCAGACGAAUGGGAGAAAGUUAACAAGGCUUUCAGAAGAAAUAUCAAAUCUGAUUAAUCUUAAAGAACUUGAUGUCUCAAAUAACGCAAUUGGAGAGAUUCCAAAGAAUAUAGGAGAACUGAGAAAUUUGGUUAGUUUCAAUGCAUGCAACAAUCAAAUAAGUUCUCUGCCAUCAUCUUUUCUAUUUUUAAAUGCUCUCCAGGAACUAAACAUGAGUGGAAAUAAUCUAACAGCUCUGCCUUGUGAUAUCUCUAAGCUUUUGUCACUGAAAAAGAUAAAUUUUGAUGACAACCCUUUGGUGAGACCCCCCAUGGAAAUCUGUAAAGGGAAAGACCUGCAUACUAUUGUACACUAUCUACAGAAGUCAGAAGAAAGAGAUGAGAAAAUCUUAGAGAAGGUCUUCACAAUAGUUGCCAAACACAUCAGUGAAACAAAUUUUGAAUUUUUAUGUCAGAAGCUAAACCUGGCACAUUCUGAAAUUAAUAUCCAUAGCAAUUUAGCAUUAAGUGAAAGAGUCCACGAAGCACUUGUGCUGUGGAGGAAAAAAAGUACUAACUCAUCACUACCUGCAGCUGCUUUAAGGGAUCAACUGAUUCGGAUACUAACUAUGAUAGGAGCAUAUGACAUUAUGGACAAAAUAACAGCCUUCAAACUUUUUACACGUACCAUUAAAUUCUGA